AUCAAGGUCCUCCUCGAGUCUCUCACACAAUGGAGCAAGCAGAUUGUCGACGAGAACUACGUCAGCGACGUCUAUGUCCGCCUCGGAAAUGACUUUAACUCGGCUGUGGCGGCGUUCGGGGCGUUUAGCAUCGAUAUGAACGAGCUCUCGUCUGUCCCGGACAACCUCCACGAAAUCCUCGAGACGUGCCUAUCCGAAGACACCAAUCCGGAGAACCUCGAAAAAUUCCUGCCCCGAGUGCGCAAGAUUAUCACUCAGCUGUUACAAGGUCUCCGGGCCAAACAGUCGAUAUACCGGCGUAUCGUACAAGAUCACAAGCAGCGCCCCGACGGAGGCAGUGAUCGGGACUCGCGCUCGUCGCGUUCGGAACGCGUAAGAGAGGAGAGCGUGCCGCCCCGUCCGUCCUCGCGCGGCCCGAACGACACCCCGGCGCGCAGCAAGACGCCUUCGUCGCGGUGA